CCGCCAAAGCAAACAGUAUGGAUAGUACGCAACCCCACAUUGCACCUCCCUGCAUCUGAUGCACGACGUUCUCAAUCAAGACCUAGGAGAAUAAUACUGAUGGAUUGUCCAGAUAUUUGGUGCCACGGGCCACUUAGGCCAUUCGCUCGUUCGAGCUGCUCUCAGACAUGGCGACAGAGUCACCGCGGUGGGAUGGACGGAAGAGAACAAGAUUGAGCAGAUGUCACAUCUAGAAACCGAGAAUUGUCAGCCUAUCCUCUGCGACGUCCGAGUAAGGAGUAGUGUCUCGCGCGUUAUCGAUCAGUGUGUCAAACGUUGGGGUAGCGUGGGCAUAAUUGCAAACUGUACUGGUUACGGCGUAAUAGCUCCUACCGAGGACCAAUCUGAGUACGACCUACGGAACCAAUUCGAGACCAAUUUUCUCGGUGUGCUACACAUUCUUCAAUGCUCACUCCCCAUUUUCCGUACCCAGCUUCACGGUCGAUACUUGAUAUUCUCCAGUACAGCUGGCGCCCUUGGCGUUCCUGGUCUCGGACCAUACUGCGCAACCAAAUACGCCGUUGAAGGCUUGAUCGAGAGCAUUUUGUACGAGGUAGAUGCCUUUAAUAUUAAAGCUACGCUUGUUGAGCCUGGGCAUGUCAGACUUGAUGAUACACCCGGAGACGGUGCCCCCUUUAAACGCCAACGUCAGCAGUAAAGAGUGCAGAGCUCGUAUGGCAACUGGGACAUUGCAGCUAUCCACCUCUGCGACUACUACUUGGCAGCUAUGCGGUGGAUAGUAUCAGGGACAGACUCAGAUCGAUCAUUGAGGAGAUCGAAGAUUGGAAGCAUCUGAGUUUUCCUGUUGCACCAGAAGACGUAGAAGCAGAUGAUGCAGGAAGAGAUGGUGGCGAGGAGGUUGAGAUGCAGGAUGGU